AUUCACAUCAUUAUACAAGGACUCUACAUGGCGUGAAAUACCACAUUGUACUUGAUUUGCUUGCGGAGCAUAUUCUUAAAACAGUUAAAGAACCACUUGCCUCUGUCACAGCGCUAUCUUGGACAUUGGAUACUUCGAAGCUGUAUGCAGUUCCGAUAUUAUCUUCAGCGAUAAAUGAAGAGUUUCCCAGCCUCUCCCUCCUACAGCAGUGGGCGAGAACCUACGCUACCCACGCCAGCCGAGAUCAGGGCUAUCAACAGGGAGUCUGGCCAUGUCCGUAGCAAAAUAUUUGGUCGCCCGCCACCCGUGAUAAUCCCAUCGCAAGGGCUACUUGUUAAAUAUGGAUCCAACGUCACUACUGUCGAAGCUCAAACGCAAAUGAUGUUGUAUGAGAGCUUGCGGGGGCAAGUACCCAUUCCCAAGGUCUUUGACUGGACUGAGGAUGGCGGUCAGGGAUUUAUCUACAUGUCUUUGAUCGAAGGCGAGACCUUGCAAGAGAGAUGGGCCAGUAUGAGUGAAACAGAGAGACGAGCUGUUUGCGAGGAGCUCAGGCGCAUGGUUAAAGCAUGGAGGGCUUUGAAACAGGAGGGGCACUAUAUCGGCAGCUUGGGUAAGAAGCCAUUGAAUGAGAUAUUUCUUCAGAGCCAUCCAGAUACCGCUGGUCCUUGUGAGGGAGAUGAUGCUGUCCAACGGUUCCAGCAUGCUUGUGGAAUAGAUAUCACUGACGAGACACCUAUUGUGUUCACGCAUGAUGAUAUCUCACCACCCAACAUUCUCCUCUCACGGGGCCCGAAUCCGAAGGUUGCAGCGAUCAUCGACUGGGGUCAGGCUGGGUGGUAUCCAUCUUACUGGGAGUACUGUAAGGCACGACAGGUGGGUAUCAAUCCGAAAUAUUUCGAUGAUGUUAUGCAGGAGGAAUGGUACACCAAAUAUCUGCCAAUGAUCCUGGAUCCUGUGGACGAGGAGAGAAUCUACCAUCCUUUUGUUUAUUUUGUCCUGUCGAAGGGUAUCUAGAGCUGUCUUUGCUGUUCACGGUAUAUAUAUUUCCAAGCGAGCGUUCUAUUGAUAGAUAUGUUUGGUUUUGUAAGUAGCCUUUCUCAGACCAGUCGUUUCUGGUGUUGUGGCAGUUCCUUCGGUUGCUCUUUCAGUAUUUGGAAUUAUCCACAACCGAGGCAUACUGGAACCUAUUUAUCAGAGAGGAAUAUGACUCUAUCCAGGAAGUUACACGAUAACAAUAGAUUCGGGGAGUUGCCUCAGAUCCGAGCAUUGAACAAUACCGAUGCUCGUGAGUGUUCCCUUCCGUCGAUCUCUUUAGUACAAAGGUGCUAGAAAGAAUAUAUAUUCCCUACAACCACAAUCGAAAAUUCGCGAUGUCCUGCUGUUCCGCUUACAUAUCUUCUCUGAUUACUUUCAUGGAGUAGGUAUAACAUGAAUAAACAGUCAAAG